AUGGAAUUCAUUGUAAUGGUGCAUCCCAACCAGAGAGGCUCAGCCCGCUUGAAGAGACAGGCUCACUCUCACGCAGCACGGGUGACCCAUGCCCGAUCAAGAAAGCGCCAGCUGGCCCAUCUCAGCAAUCCAGAAUUGAGAAUAGAAGCUGAAAGUCAUGAAUAUGAAUUCAGUCGUCCACAAAGAGAUAUCGUUGAGUCGCAACAUGUGACUGCGCCGUCAAUCCCAAGCAGAAUUUCGGGUGCAUUUGAGCAUGAGCCAUUGGCUAGCUUUCUGAAGUCUUCCACAACCGAAGAAAAAAUGUUAUUUUCGUACUAUGGUCAAGUCAUUGUUCCCAAUAUGGAUUCGCAAUGCCCUGUGCUGUGCUAUCUCGGCGAGAACUUCGACCACAUACGGAAUAACUGGUUGCUCUGUGGUUCUACCGACGUUGACUUCCUCCAGGGAUUCUUGUUCGCAGCCAGCCGUCAUUUGUCCCUCAAUCACGGAAAGGAGUGGGGAAACUGGGCAGUCAAGUAUAAGCUCCAGCACAUAAGCGACCUGCGCCGUGCCCUCUUUUCUGGCGAAAUACCAUUACGACGUACUGGUGUUGCGAAAGCAUUGGUGCUGUCAUUCGACGAGAUCAUGCUUUGUGACAUGCACAUGGCUUCGAAACACAUUCAAGGUGCUAUCUCAAUCAUCAAGGAUUCUGGAGGAAUCGACACGCUUGGGCUAAGUGAAAUUGUUCGAAGUGUUCUCUUUAGUUGCAUGUUUGGCAAGGGCCUGCUGGACGGGAGACCACUCUUUGAACUCGGUCCAGUGUCGCGCUUUAGUCGUUAA